AGACAUCCUGGCUAAAGUCGCUGUCGCGUCGGUCCCGCGGUCGGGGGCAGUCCGGCGCGGGCCAGGGUGGGCCGGCGCCAUGGCAACCGCAGGCGCGCUGAGCAGGCUUCGGCAUUCACUUGCGGAGGAACGAUCACGGCUCGGCAAGGUCCUCGACCAGAUCGACGAGACGCUUGACUGCCUCGAGCCUGGAACACACAGGGCAAGCGCAGAACAGGUCACGCCGCGCUUGCCCGAGCGAGCCGUCAGCACGCCUGAGAUGGUCGGCUCCUCUGACCAGCAGGAGAAUCACCUCCAGGUUGCCAGUAGCAGCUUCCGCUUCUUCCAGCAAACCAGCAAGCCGUUGUCGCAGUCGUCGCCGAUGGCGUGGGAGUCUGUCGCCAAGAGCCCAGCCAAGCCACUCGUGGCCAGGGCGAUAACGCACCAGCUGGAUGCAGCCAGGCUGGCUUCACCGAAGCCGCCUUGGACGCCGGCGGAUGGCGUGAAGGACAAGGCCACCGCACCGCUGAAGAGCAGGAACACCGCCAUGGGCGUCGGUGGGCGCGGUGCCUCCGUGGUGACGACGGACCUCAAAACUCGAAGAUCAACGACCAAGCCUCUUCAAGGCGACCGCCAGGCGCGCCGCAUCUUCGCGAACGCGGACCAGAUGAAAGAGCAGGUCCAGCAGGCGAUUCUGGAGCCAGACUACGACGUGAGGGACAUGUACAAGUCUGAGGGGUGUUUUCAAGCCGUGGCGCGGAGCCAGAUAUUUGACGUCUCCUGCCUCUCCAUGAUCAUCUUGAACGCUUUGUGGCUCGCGGUUGAGACGGACUACAACGACGAGGCCCUGCUAGUGAACGCCGACACCUCCUUCAUUGUCGUGGAGAACGUGUUCUGCACGUUCUUCUGCUUCGAGCUGUUCGUCAGGUUCAUGGCCUUCCGGGUAAAGGCAGACACACUGAGGGACUCCUGGUUCAUAUUCGACUGCGUGCUUGUCUCCUUCAUGGCCUUCGAGACCUGGAUCCUCUCCCUCCUCGUCUGGAUCACCGACGGGGCCUUUGGAGCCAGCGGGGGCUCCACGUCGAUCCUCCGCGUGGUGCGGCUCUUCCGCAUGACGCGCGCUGCACGCGUCGCCCGCGUGCUCAAGGCCGUGCCGGAGCUGCUGGUGAUCGGUCGUGGGAUCGUGAUCGUCGCCCGGACCGUGGUCGUGAUCAUGUGCCUCCUGGCCCUGGUCGUCUACACGUGCGCGAUCGUCUUCACCCAGCUCGCCAAGGGGACCGACCUCGGGCACACCAUCUGCAGCGACAUGCUGACCACCAUGGGCACGCUGCUGCUCGGCGGCAUCCUCCCGGACAUCUCGCCGACCACGCAGGAGUUUGCCAGCGAGGACAUCUUCUUCGCGGCGUUCUUUUUCUUGUUCGUUUUGCUGGCUUAUGUGAUGAUCAUGAAUAUGCUGAUCGGAGUCUUGGUUGAGGUUGUUUCAGUGGUCGCUUCGGUUGAGAAAGAGACUAAUCAGGUCGCGUCAGUGAAGCGCGUGCUGCAGAAAUGGGCCCCGGAGGCAGACAUGAACGGCGACAACAUGUUUGGCGUGAGUGAGUUUAAGAAAAUGCUGAACACUACUGGCUGCGCCAGGGAUCUGAAUGAUGUGGGAGUGGACGCCAUCGCGCUGAUCGAUCAGGCAGACUUCGUCUACCGUGACAAGGACGAGCUGACGUUCACCGAGUUGCUCUCCGUCGUGCUCGGGCUGCGCGGCAGGAACGAUCCGAAGGUGCAAGACCUCGUGCAGCUGCGCAAAUUUCUGCAAGGCGAGAUGCAGCGCCUAGAGUCGUCCCUGGAGUACAUCAUGGCCUCCAUCGGCGAGAAAUUCGAGAAGCCCAGGUACGCGAGCUGCAAGUUCGCCGAGGCUGCUGCAGAGGACGACGAGCCGCUGUCCUGAAGCCUAGGCUGCCUAGUGCUGCGACAGCGCGCGGGGUUCAAGUUGGGCUGGGCUUCAACCGUUGGAGGAGGCGUGCUCGCCUCACGCUGACCACCCGACAUGCCUUGACCGUGUGCCCGAUGCUUGCUCGAUGGGUAUCUAGGCUUCCCAGAUGGGGUCGGCGUGGAUUGGGUCGGAUGAUCACGCCGCGGCGCCGAUGCAUCGCCAAUGCUGCUCGAUGUGGAGCCCCGAUUUUCUCCACGCCGUCGGCGCCGAUGCAUCGCCGACGCCGCCGAUGUAUCGGCGAUGCGGCGCGAUCGUCCGACCCCAUCCACUCGGACCCCAUCCCUCUUGGGUGACCGUGCGUGCGAUGCUUGUCUGGUAGCGUCGGGCGUCCAGGGCUGUUGUUGGUGCAUCACCCCUGUGGUGAGCCGCAGUCACUGUGGCCACAGAGGCCGUCAGCGGUGGCAACCGGGGACGAAAUCUGCCGCACACGGAGCUUGUUUCGGGCUCGCCGCGGGGCGCCUGCUUUGAUGCGCGCAGGGGGUCGCCGGAGAAGUGAAGCCGCCCGCGUGCGUCUGAUUCGCUAACCUCCCCUGCUAUCCGCCCUUUUCGUCCGCCUCGGGAAGUGGUUUUGGGAUUGCUCCUCCACCCCCCCUUUCCCCCCCCUCCCCCCUCCUCCCUCCUCCCUCUCCCUCUUCCCAGCUGCUCGAGGGGAUCCCCGCCCUCCAUGCAGCAUCCACCCGUCUAGUGAACCGUACCCUCUCCUAGCGAGCGCCGCCGCCAGGAGAUCAGCGCCUGGGAUGCAGACGCGGGCGUCGGGUGCGCCCGCCAGGCUCGCGGCGCGGCUGUCCGCGCUACGCGUCAUCCUCUACAACCCCAUGUCGCUCGUAGAGCCCCAGAGGAUCUUGGACGUAUGGGAGACCUUGCGUGCAGAUAUCGUGGUUCUACCAGGGGCCAGAUUGAGGGCGAGCUCGGGGACCCCAGUGACCAUAAUGCCUUUUGGGAAGAGGGCCAUGGCGCUCCAUGCAGGGUGGGACAAGGGCCCCCUACACUAACAAACAUGCGGGCU